UGUGAAGCACCGAGGGGAUCCUGAGGUAAGGGGGUGCUACAGAGGGACUGGGGAGAUAGGAGGCCAGGGGUAUCACAUUGACUCUGACUCCUCCCUUCCCUCCCAGAGAUCAUCUUGCCAUGGGCUCCCCCCAACCCCCAAGGUGCACAUGGGUGCCUGCUUCUCCAAGGUCUUUAAUGGCUGUCCCCUGAGGAUCCACGCUGCUGUCACCUGGAUUCACCCUGUCACCCGGGAUCAGUUCCUGGUGGUGGGGGCUGAGGAAGGCAUCUACACCCUCAACCUGCAUGAACUGCACGAGGAUACACUGGAGAAGCUGAUUUCACACCGCUGCGCCUGGCUGUACUGUGUGAAUAAUGUGCUGCUGUCACUCUCAGGGAAAUCCUCACACAUCUGGUCCCAUGACCUCCCAGGCCUAUUUGAGCAGCGGCGACUACAGCAGCAGGUUCCCCUCUCCAUCCCCACCAACCGCCUCACCCAGCGCAUCAUCCCCAGGUCGGGGACCCUGGGGGAGCCUGGAUGUGCAGGGGAGAGGGGUGUAGGGGGAGGCAGAGGGGCCGUCAGAGCUGGACUCUGGCCUUGCUCGUUACUGGGACCUUAGAUCUUAGACAUGUUGUGAUCUUAGACACCUCACUAUGCCUCUCUGAGCCCCAGUUUCCUCAUCUGUCACUGCAGUUGACUCCCCUCCCCUUGACCCCAGGCCUGUUGGGAGGCAAGAAGGAAGUAGUGGAUGUGAAACUGCUUUGCAAAUUGUGGGAGUUGCGGUUCUUAGGAUGGGGGGCAAAUAUUUACUGAGCAUUUAGUAUGUGCUAGGCUUUAGGCUGGGCUUGAGUCAGCCCCUGAGCUGAACUGGAGGGAGAGGAGGGAGAGCUGGGAGGGGAGGGGAAGCCUCAAAAAGGGCAGGUGAGCUCGUGGAGUUUGGAAGUGCAUAGCAG